AUGGCAGCACCUCGGGGUGAGGGGAGCCCACGCCAAGAGCUGGGGGGCUGCGGGAGUCCGUGGGGGGCCCUGCGGGGACCCCCCCAAGCCCUACUGCCCUGCCCCUGCCCUGUGCUGGCCGGCUACAGCCUGCUGCCACCCCCCCUGACCUUCCUGGCACCCCUGGUCCAUCCAGCCAUUGAGGUGCAGCUGGGGCUGCCGGCAGAGCCGGGGCGGGCGAAGGCAGCGGCGGCACGGGAGAGCACCGGGGCGCUGAAAGCGUGGCUGGCGCAGCACCCCAGGAACCCCUACCCCAGCAAGGGCGAGAAGGUGAUGCUGGCCGUGGUCAGCAGGAUGAGCCUCACCCAGGUAUCCACGUGGUUCGCCAACGCCCGCCGGCGCCUCAAGAAGGAGAACAAGGCGAGCUGGGCCCUGCGCGGCGCCUCAGAUGGUGACGACAGUGAGAGCGAGGGGGGCCCUGGAGCACCCCCUCGCACCGCGCCCAGCCCCGCGCAGGAUGGGUGUGGGGGCAGCCCCGAGGGGGGGCCGGGCUCUAGGCAGGGCAAUGAGACCCCAAAACCCAAGAUCUGGAGCGUCGCGGCGAUGCUGGCACCCAGCGAGAGCCGGUGCCCUCCAAGGGUGCUGGAGCAGGCAUAGAGCUGGGACCCGUCCCCAGGAGCCCCAUGGUGGCCGGGACUGUGGCUGUGGGGAGGGGAUGGCCCUGGGGCUGAGCAGGGCAGGACACAGGGUCACAGCACCCGGCAGCUGCCCGGCCGAGCA